AUGGAUCGUGAGUCGAUGAUGAGGAUGCUCCUGCAGCAGCAGGAGGGUAGUGUAAGGACAUCGUUGAACAAGCCUCCAGCAACAGCUGGUCGUGGACAACCCAGUAUUGGGACGCCUGCUGUGAAAGUGAUGAAACCGCAACAGCUGUUCAACAUUCUCCAAUUGCCACCGACAGCAGGUGGGACAUCGUACUUCUGCAUCGACUUUCGUCAAUCGAGGGCUGAAUUCGAGCGUUGCCACAUUCACGGUUUCCAUUGGGUAGGCUACGGCAAUUCCGCAUCAGAGACUACUUCCGCAAUGUCAAAACCAGGCUUGCUGUUAGACGAUGCACUUAGAGAAAUCGGAGACAGUUUUCUGCAAAUGGAUGGCACAACCACAAUUCGUACUUCUCGGCAAUCUCCUACAACUUCUUCAAAUGCCUCGACCGCGACUGGAGAAAGAGGUGAACAAGAAGCAUGUCCUGGUACAGCGACUGCGGCUUCUUCGGCAUCGACAACAUCAGGUACGGCGACGAUGUGCAGAGGACAGCGAGCGCAGUUGCAGAACCGGCGAAAAUCGCUCAUCUACGUAUGCGAUGAGAUAGUUCAUUUGAGCACAUCUUUCGCUUUUGACGAGGUUUGGAGAGUUGAUUUUGCUCAGGUAGCCUCGGAAUUUCCGAUGGUGCUUCGACGAAAUGAUGUUGCAGUAAAGAUGGGAAUCUCGUCAGCACAGGGAUUGGAUGUCACAGGGGAUGAUGGAAUUGCUGCUUUUGGUAACAAAAAUUUUGUUGAAGCACCCUACUUGUUUGGGCCACCGUCGCAAGUCGAACAAGAAUACUCCCAAGUGCGUUACCCAGUGUGUUUCUCGGGAAACGUGUACUGCGGCGGGACUGGUUUUCUUGAUGUGGCAGACACUGAUUUGUUGCCACGAAGCUCUAGCUCACAAACCUCUUCCUUGGUUCCUCAAAGCCAACCAGUCGCUCAUGGUGGGGCUGUAUCUCCACACCCUGAGGGAGAAAGCAGGGUCUCAUGGAAAAUCAAUUUUGGCAGCUGCGAUGCCCAAAGCUUGCGUCUUUCCUACGGUCACACUGGAGAGUCGACGUCGCCGUCGGGCUCACAACCAUCAUCGUCAUCAUCAGUUAAGCGACUGCGCAAAAUCAUAGAUGAUCUGGGUAUUCGGGAAAUUUUACUGGUAAUCUCGCCACUGGGUGAGUGCAGUUGUGCACAAAGCGAGUUAGCGGACCUGGUUCUGGAUGCGAAAGAGACAUGUAACUCUACUUCUGAGCUGGUGCGUGCUACCGCUGCGCCGCUGCAGUCUGCCAUUGCGUACCUCCAUGAAUUCGUCCAACUACAACAACAGGCGGACUCAAAGGCGCCACAGCAGCGCAUUCUGGUCCUUUCCGUCGACGAUGGUGCAGCGUCCGCAGUGACGGGUCACUUCUACCUUGCCAAGAGUAUGCUCAAAUGGCCUUUAAAUCUGACGCUCGCCUUCGUGAUGAAAAAGAUACCCACCUUCAACAUCCACCCCGCAAAUUUCACCCUUCUGUCCCAGCUCGACCCGUCAGCUGCCGCCGCAGGAGCAGCACCGACUUCCGGCGGCGCGACAAUAUCUGGCCUACUAGGCAAUAACCUGACACGCGACCUGCUGAGAUCCUCAACUGCGGGACUCUUGGCGGAUGCUGUCGCCGAAACCGCAUCUACUGUAUCGUCGGGGGGAAAUACAGUAGAAGAAGUAGAAGACACACCAAGGGAGCAAGAGGGGGAUCCCUCGAUGUAG